UGAAACAAUAGCAAACAAUUUCAGUUAGGAUGCUGUUUCAUGAUCUGAUUAGAAUUUCUAUGCUCCUAGUUAAUAUUCAUGGGAAGCAAAGUUUCUGUUUAGUGGUAUUCUGUGUUUACUUGCUCAAGGCAAAUAUAAAGAAAUGCCAUGAGAUAUCCUGCUCAGUGAUUGGCAGGAAUGGGAGUCAUUAACAUUUCAUGAUUGUUUGUGCUGGCUCUUGCAUUCCAUUCUCUGAUGAAAUACGAGUUAACAGCAAAUUUCUUACAGAUGCUGAUCACUGAUUCAAUGUAAAUGCAAAUAAUCCUUUGUCUGAGCUGUGAUCUUUUCAAAAUUCACAGAGGAAUCUGUAAUUGUUUCCAAAGAGACACUGGGACAUUGUGCUAUUCCAUUUCCUACUUUUUUUAGCCGUGCCAGACCCAAAAGUGAAAGAAGAGUCCUAACGGGAACUGCUUUGGAAGCUGAGGAUGGAUCAGCAUGUCCAGCACAGACAGCCUUGUCCUAUCUGCCUUUCUCAGCCAUAGAUCUUGUAGAGGUUGUGACGUCUGAGGUGCCGAUAACAGCAAGAAAUCUGUGUUUCUGUGAAUGUAACCAUUUUGUAUUUAAAAGGGGAAAAAUUGAGGCUUAGAGAAGUGUUAGAUCCGAUUCAGUUACUUGUUCACUGUGUUCUGAUUGCCCUACCAUAAGCUCGUUGACAACUCUCUUAAUUAGUUUGUUUUCUCCAUCUCUUUGCCUUGGUGAAGCAUGUGUGCUAAUGGUGCUGUUGAUAUGGUAUCAGGAUGCUUUCUGCUGCUGGAUUUGUAUCACCUUGAGGAAAUUGAAAAGCAAGUUUAAUGCUUCAAAGAAAGCAAAGCAUUAUUGUGAAAAACGAUUUCUGAAGUUCAGUGAAGUUAAGGUGUAUACAACUUGAUGUGUAUAAACCCAAUAUGAAGCAGAGAGGAGUGGGUUUUCUGGAUAUAAAUAAAUAAUUGAUAUUUGAGGAAAACUGGACUAUAAUUUGAAAAUCAGCAACUUUAAUGCAUCAAUUUAGGGUUCUGCUUUUGAUUGAGACCACUCAAGAAACAGCACGCUUUAUUUAAUCAGUAGUGUAAAAGGAGGGGAGUGACCUUGGUCGUUUGCUGUGGUUUUGCUUUUAAUUUUUUUAAACUCCAGGGCAUGAGAUGAAAGUCACAAAAUGUCUAAGUAUUCUUGUUUGUAUUCUUCAUAGUGCAGGGUGUAGCAUUAUUGAAGACUGUUGUUCAUUAUGUAAUUCUUUACGAUGCUGGAAUUGAGCUUGGCUCCACACUCAUUUGAGUCUCUGAAGGCUUCCUCUCAUGUCAGCAGCCUUUGUUUGCUCCUUUUAUCACCGGUAUUGCCUUGUAACUGGCAAAGUGUCUCUAGGACUGAAGGUUUAUCCCAAGGUAAAAAGGGGAGACCCAGUUUGAACAAGAUACUUAAAUACCUUGCAGAAGUUUCCAGACAAUUUCUGCAUGUAUGUACUUCUGUGAUUUUCUUAAAAUCAGUACAAUGUCCAUUUUUUCUUUUUUUCUGUCCUCUUCUUGUCAGGACUCUAUUAAGUGGCUUCCCAAGUCUCCUAAGCUGUGCAGUGGCCAUAACUGGAGCUCCCAGGGCUCUCGCUGGACCUCAUUAAAAGGAAAGGAAGGUUUUCAUGGUGGUAACUUGUACAAACUCAGCUCUGCCAAUGGGAAAUGGAGGGAAGGAAGGAUCAGCCCUGAGCAAGAAGCGGAAGAACUGGAGGAUCCUGAUGAAGACGAACCUAUUUCCAAGUUUUCUGGCAGCCUCUUUGAUAACGAUGUUCAUUUAAAAGAUAAAAGAAAUUCCAGAGCAGCUCUUCAAGACAGGCACAAGUCAGCAACGAAGGGGAAAACUGCUCCAGGGACAAACAGCAAGGCGCAGGCCCCUGUCUCAGAAGGCAGCUUACCUGGAGAGAGCAGCAGGUUUCUGGAGGAAUCCAGAGCUGCAGAUGGGACACAGCCUCCGCUUAAGAUAACCAUUACUGUGUGCAGUCAAAUGGGGAGUCUUGGUAUUAGCAUUGCUGGUGGAAAGGGCUCAUCUCCAUAUAAAGACAAUGAUGAGGGAAUUUUGAUUACACGACUACCAAAAGAUUGUCCAGCAGAUGUGGCUGGGAUGCAAGCGGGAGAAAGAGCGGCAGAGGGAUCCCUAAUUUCAGAACCCAACACACAUGAUGCUGGUCCUACUGAAGCUUCGUCUAAAGGCAGCCCCUUCCAGCCAUUAAACCAUGUCAUAACAAUACCUCGAAUAAUCCUCACGCGCCCUUCGACCUCUGAUGAAGAUACUGACCAGCUGCCCCCAGAUCCAGAUGACUUUGAGAUGGAGGAGCCUGAUGGCACAGAAUGCCGCACCUACUCGGACUGUCUGAACAGUGCUUUUUAUCCUCCCUAAUAAAGUACUUGUUGGGAAAGAGUUUGUGAUGAUUAUUUUUUUUCCAAUUGUUCAACGGUAUUUAAUGUAGUACUGGAACCACUAUGCCUUACUUGUAGGUAAAACUGUAACAGAGGAUGGAUUUGGACUGGUGUGAGGGGAGCACAACCCGUGUUUGUGUCUGGUUGCUUUGAGCUCUCCUUUGGCCAGAACCUGAAUGCUUGAAGCAGCAUGCUCUGCGUGGGGUGGUGUGAAUGUCCCCACAUGCUGCAAUGCCCUCCUGUAAGUGCGUUCUGUAGCAGCUAAAAGCAGUGACGGAAACAACAGAUGAUUUUCUACUCAUCUGGAAACAUGGUGAAAACCAUUGUGUAUAUUUGUGUAUAUAUGUAUUUCAAAUCUUGUGUCCAGUUUGUGUCUCUAUGGCUUUUCUACCUGCAGGUUCCUUUGAACUGUCCCUUUUGAUAUUGUUUUCUAUAAGAAUAAAAAAUUGUUUUCUGUCUUAUAAAUAGUGUUGGCUUUUUUUCCCCCCCACAGAGAAAUGUUAUUUACAUUGGAAUUCUAUAUUUCAUUAAAAUGUAAUAAAGAAUAGUUUCUCCGAGUAUAUUGGUAACACAAAUGUGCAUUAGAUUUGAGUAGCAUCUGCAAGUUAGUUUUUAUGAAAUCUCAUAAAUGAAGAAAUCAUCUUACGCAGCUAUGCAUCUGUGAGUGAACUGAGAAGCAAUUUCUUACCCCUGAUGUAUUAUUUCUCCUCCUGACUUGCAUAUAUGCAGAACACCUUAAAUUUGCCUUAUUGCAAUAUUCCAUGUGUAAAUAUGUAUAGGAGAU